GCUGUGACGAUAACGUCUAAAGUUUUAUCAUCACGAUGGAAAACUUUUGGGAUUAUUGUUUUGUUUCUUUUUCGGUUGUUGUUAUAUUAACGAUACUUAAUGUUUUAAAAAAUUAUUUCUCCAGGCCAAAAAAUUUUCCUCCGGGUCCUGCGGGCCUGCCUUUUCUAGGCUAUUUGCCUUUUCUUGGUAAAGAAGCGCAUUUAAAACUUCAUAAACUUUGCUCCAAAUACGGUCAGAUUUUCAGUGUUCUUCUUGGAAGCGAGAGAAUAGUAGUAUUAUCGAGUUAUGAUGUGAUGAAAGAAGCGUACAGUAAAUCAGCCUUACUUGGUCGUCCUCCAAUCACUUCUUUUGAUUUCAUUUUUAAACUUAGAGGUCUAGGAAUGUCCAGCGGAGAAGAAUGGGUCGAAAAUCGCCGAUUUGUCAUCGAAAACUUGAGAAUAUUCAAAGAAAGAUACGACGUUGCAAUUGAGGAAGAAAUACCGCUGCUGUUACGAGAAUUGGCUCAGAGUAAAGGUUAUCCAUUCAACUUCCACCAACUUAUAUUAUCCAGCACAAGCAAUGUUGUCUUCAAUUUUAUGGUGGGUGUAAGAUUCGAUUAUCAUCAUCCUACAAGGAAAAUUAUAAAUGAGUUUGGUGAAAUAAAUUCGAAAUAUGUGGGCAUGAUUUCUUAUAGUCUAUUUAUACCUUGGAUUAAAAUUAUGCAUCUUGUUUCUCUUGCAAUGAACGGUCCUUUAAGAAAAAAAAUGACAGCUGCUUUUGAAAAACUAGUUGAAAUAGUUAAAAAUGUUUUUACAGAAUACGAUAAUAAAAAUAUUAAGAAUAUUUCGGAAGCUUAUAUCUAUGAAAUAGAGAAAAGUAAAAAUAAUCCCGAAUCACCUUAUACAGUUCUAGGUUAUGUCGGUAAUAUGGUCACAAUAUUAGCAGCUGGGUUCGAUACUACAGCUGCAUCAUUAUCGUGGACCAUAUUAGCAUUAGCAACGUAUCCCAAAAUUCAGAGAAAAGUUCAAGAAGAAAUAGAUGCAAUUUUCGGUACCGAACACCCAGUUUGGGAGGAUAGAAUACGUUUACCUUAUACUCAAGCAGUUAUCAUGGAAAUACAAAGAUGGAGGACUAUACUACCCCUUUCUGGCUUAAGAUACGCAUUGUCAGAUUGCAAAAUUCGAGAAUAUACAAUACCUAAAGGAACAACUGUACUCCUAAAUAUUUGGAGCAUUCACAACGAUCCCUCGUACUGGGAUAAUCCGGAAGAAUUUGUACCGGAGAGAUUUCUAACAGAAGACGGUUCGAGCAUCAAGAAAUUGAAAUCUUUCUCUCCAUUUUCCUACGGUAAACGUUCUUGUCCGGCGGAAGGAAUCGCUUAUAAGGAAAUUUUCUUGUUUUUGACCUCGAUCCUUCAGAAGUUCGAAGUUGUUUGGCCAGAAUCGACACCACCGGAUUUAGGAGGAGUAACGGGAGGAGGAAUCGCUUUAAUGCCUAAACCUUAUCAGUUAACUUUUGUACCUCGGAAAAAAAUGAAUUUAGUGUCAAUGAUUGACACGAUAAUGUCUGCAGAUAUAUACUUUUUAGUUGUUUCCACUAUAUUUUUUGCAAUUUUAAUCAAAGUAUUUUGCAUAACUUCAACUAAACUUCCCCCAGGACCAAUUGGCCUUCCUAUUUUAGGCUAUCUUCCUUUUCUUAAGAAAGAAGCGUACGUGACUCUCAAUGAAUUCAAGAAGAAGUACGGCAAUAUUUUCAGUUUUUAUUUAGGAAGAAAAUUAGUAAUUGUGUUAGGAGAUUACGAUAUAGUGAAAGAGGUUCUUAGUCGAGAAGAAUUUCUAGGAAGACCAGAUAGACCUCCUAAUAAUCUUUUAGAUAACAUAAAAAGUUUCAGUGGAUCAACGGGAAAUGUAUGGCGUGAACAUCGACGAUUUGCCAUUCGAUCAUUCAGAAAUUUAGGAUACGGUAAAGCUAAAUUGGAAAAACAAAUUAAUGACGAAAUAGCGAUUUUGGUCAAGGAAGUAAAAAAAUUUCAUGGUCAACCUUGUGAUUUUCGAAGGUAUCUGCAAUCAAGCGUAUCGAAUAAUACAACAUUUUUAGUAUUUGGGAAAAGAUUCGAUUUUGAGGAUUCGACGAGAUAUUUCUUAGAUACCGAAUUAAGAACCAUAUCAGACUUUUUUCGUCCAACCAGUGUUCAUGCUUAUUUUACCUGGAUAAGACCAAUCCUUGCAUUCUUUCAUAUCUGGAACUAUGAUACUUUACAGAAUUCGUGUUACAAAUUAGAUCAAUUUCUACAAAGAGAAAUUGAAGAACAUAAAGCUACUCUUAAUGAAGAAAAGAUAAGAGACUACAUUGAUGAUUAUCUAGUUGAAAUGCAGGAAAGAGAGAAAAAUAGAUCCACGGUGCCUUUUUCCCUUAACAUGCUGAAAGGAAAUUGUGUAUCAUUGAUGACAGCUGGAAUCGAGCCAGUUUUAGCAUCGCUCGAAUGGUGCAUUGCAACAAUAGCAGUGUAUCGGGAUGUUCAAAAGAAAAUUCAAAAAGAACUGGAUACCGUAAUUGGAAGAAAUAGAUUCCCGGAAUGGGCAGAUCAUAUUAAUUUACCAUAUUGUAAUGCCACCAUUUGGGAAGUUCUAAGAUGGAAGACAAUAGUACCCAUCAGCAUGUUAAGAAGAACGACACAAAUAUCUACGGUCAGAGGUUACGUGAUACCUAAGGAUACCAUAAUUAUGACAAACAUAUGGGGAAUUCAUCACGAUCCGGACUAUUGGCACGAUCCUGAUGUAUUUCGUCCAGAAAGAUUUCUCUACGAUGAUGUCAAUUUAAACAAGAAGCCACCAUCUUUUAUCCCGUUUUCAUAUGGAAAAAGAUCUUGCCCAGGAGAGACUCUAGGCCAAAUCGAAGUUUUCUUAUAUUUCGCCACUCUUCUUCAUUGCUUCGAUAUUCGUCUUCCGAAAGAAACUGAUGGAAAAUUCGAUAAAACUAUCGGAAUUGCCGAAACGAUUAAAAAGUACAGUUUGUGCCUAAUCCCACGACAUUGAUUAUAAUUAGUGUCGUGAGAUACAAUAAAAAUUAUUAUUGUUUUAAAGCAAAAAUAUUAAUACGCAUAAAUACUGAUAUUGAAAUUUAUAAAUCUAAUUGAAUAUCUUCAUAAAUUCAUGUAUUUUAAGAAAUGUUAUAUAGGAAAUCUGACACAUGCAGUGUCCGAUAGUUAUUUGUUUAGUAUAAUAAAAAAAAUCCACGUGUACAAUUUUAUAAUUUUUUUAAAUUGUUUUUUAUUUUUAGAAUUUUGGGUAUAAUUGCACUUAGGUAGUCCCUAUAGCGACCGACGCAGCUACUUACUACACCGGCAUUUAAAUAAAAAGAAAAAAAUCUUUCACUCACCGUUGACAUCAUAUUUCUAAUUCCUUUUCUCCGAUUUCUUCGGUAAAAAAAAAAAACAUGGUUCGGAUGAUUAUUUCGUAAUUUCAUCCUUUUUUCAUGGUAGAAACUUUUUCCGCAUUCUUAUACACACAUCUACAUUCUUCCUUUUACGAUUUUCGGAUUUAUUGGUACUCACUUUCGGGGCCGAAGGUACAAUUUCUGGCUCUUUUCAUACUAAAACA